AGAAGAAAAACAGUGCCUGUGGCAUAGACUACUCGCUGAGCGCUCUUUUUGCUUGAAACAUGCAAGCGGACCAACGAUCCCAAGAAUAAUCAUGAAUUUAGAGCUUCUUGAUGACGUGACCUUCCGCUUAUUGGUGAGCAGCAAUAAAGCUGGAGGAGUGAUCGGUAAAGGAGGUCAAAACAUCAAGCGCCUCAGAAGCGAUUACAAUGCAACGGUCAGUAUUCCGGACAGCAGUGGUCCAGACCGAGUCCUGCAGAUAGUAGCCAAUAGUAAGGAAAAUGGGCUAGAUAUCAUCGAGGAGCUGAUUCCGCUCAUUAGGGAGGAGGUGUCACCAUUCUCAGACGGUGAGGCCGACCCCUGCACCACGACGCUGAGCGUCUUGGUACAAACCAGCCAAGUUGGGGCCAUCAUCGGGAGAGCGGGCAUCAAGAUCAAGGAACUCCGGGAGAGCACCAAAACCAAGGUCAAGGUAUUUCAGGAAUGCCUUCCUUGUUCGACAGAAAGUCUAGUCCAAAUCAAUGGCACCCCAGAUGCAGUUCUCCUGGCCAUCGGUGAAAUCUAUGUGACGUGCAGUGAAGCCCCAAUCAAGGGUUCUGUACUUCUCUAUGAUCCAUCGCAGCAAGAAGGCUAUGUUUGGAAUCAAGGUGGCUUUGGCGAAUCUAUGGGAGGAGGAGGAAGAGCAAUGGGGUUGCCAAGAGGAGGAGGAGUAAGAGGAAUGGGGAUGCGAGGUGGGGGAGGGGGACAGCAAGGCAGCAACCCAAUCUUCGGCUCCGGAGGUCAGCCGUACGGCAGUGGGGGUGCCUAUGGGUCAGGAGGAAACGAUGGAGGUUUCGCUGGUGAAGCCACGACGACACUACAGGUCACCAUCCCCAAUGACCUUGUGGGUGCAGUCAUCGGCAGAGGCGGUGAGCGCAUCAGAAACAUCCGUUCGCGAAGCCAAGCCGAGAUCGAGAUCGCCAAUCCCCUCCCAGAGGCCGAAGACAGAGUCAUCACCAUCAGAGGCACUCAAGAGCAAAUCAGCCAUGCCCAGUUCCUGCUGCAGAAUUGUAUCCAGCAGUUUAGCGGACACUCGUCCUAAUUUUUUUUCUCGCAUGGAACGGACAAUCGCAAAAGACUUUCUCUACCUCUAAGAAAUAACAGGUCUGAUGUAAGAUCGAAAAUUGCGAUGUGAAGGUCACGCUAGUCAAAGGAAGUAAUUGAAAUUAUACAUGCGUUUUUGUACUGAGAUGGUGUAUUAGCUAUUAUUUUUAUUCCGCUAAAUAUGUAACCAGGCACCACAAAACCACUAAAUAGUUGCAUGGUGCGCUUUUUAAUUAGAGCUCAAUAUAAAAAGUGUAUUGAUUUGGUCGGGUUGAUCAAUUUUAGGUUUUAGCAUUCCUGAAACAUUUAUUCUGAUUUCAAAAUUUUGAAAAACCGAACAAUCUAGAAGUAGGUUUUUUUGCAGUGUUUUGUAGGCCUUUUUUUUGGGGGGGGGGGGGGGGAAUCCUGGUAACUGGUCAUUUUUUUUAGCAGAGUGAGCUUUUGCUUUGAUACCUAGACCAAAUAAAGAUCAGGAUGCCGAUAAUUUAUGUGCCAACUUUUAAGACAAUCUGAUAAGCCCUUCAAGUAAAUUGCUCUAGAGGUCUAAUCCCUCCUUUCAAACACCUUGGCGUGUGCUUUUUAAAAAAUAACAUUCUCUGGGACAGGUCCUUAUUUCAAUGGGUUAGGAACAUGAUACAUCCUACUGUGAUGAAAGGUUUGAAGGCGAAUAUCUACCCCUUCGGUAUCAUAACUAAACUAAAAAGUUAUUUCUGGUGACUUUUUUGUGGUUUUGUGUUGCUUGGUCACUUGUUAUAGAACUGGAAUCAAUCAAGCAAUUGUAAUAAGCCACUUCGGAGAUAGGACUUAUACAAAUGACCCCCAAAUAUCCACAGAUCCUAUAAACAUGGACAAGUCCCACUUUGCGCAUUUUAGAAUUAUCACUGCCAAAGUGAUGGGAGAUGCUUCAUGAAAACCUUUUGUUGUUUGCCCUCUU